CUAUUUUCGGCGUUCAACGAAGUACUCUCUUCUUACAAGUAAAUAAAAUCUAUAAUGGCUCACGUCUUGCACACUCCAUCUCUUGCACACUUCAAGUUGCCAGCUAUUGACAAUGAACCUAUGAAAUCCUAUGCUGUUGGCUCUGAGGAGAGACCUAAGCUUGAGAAGGCCGUUGCUGACAUGCGUGCUGCCGGCCCUGUUGAAAUUCCUGUUGUUAUCAACGGUGAAAAGAUCAAGACUGGCCAAACCGGCAAGCAAAUCAACCCCUCCGAGCACAAGACUACUGUAUGCACAUACCAUGAAGCCGAUGCUUCUUUGAUUAAGAAGGCUAUUGAUGGUGCCUUGGAAGCUAAGGCUCGUUGGGAAGCUAUGCCCUUCAACGAUCGUGCUGCUGUCUUCCUCAAGGCCGCUGAUUUGAUUGCUACAAAAUACAGAUACAAGUUGAUGGCUGCUACCAUGCUUGGUCAAGGAAAGAACGCAUGGCAAGCUGAGAUUGAUGCUGCCGCUGAAUUGUGCGAUUUCUUCCGAUUUGGUGCAAAGUAUGCCGAAGAAAUGUAUCAGCAACAACCCCCCAAGAACUCUCCUGGUGUCUGGAACCGUAGCGAAUACCGUGCUUUGGAAGGUUUCGUUUUCGCUGUCUCACCUUUCAACUUCACUGCCAUCGGUGGCAACUUGGCAGGUGCUCCCGCAUUGAUGGGUAAUGUUGUUCUGUGGAAGCCCUCUCCUGGAGCUGUCUACUCCAACUACAUUGUCUAUCAGAUUUUGGAAGAGGCUGGUCUCCCUGCUGGUGUUAUUCAGUUCGUUCCUGGCCCAGCUGAAGAAAUCUGUGACGUCGUCUUGGCUCACCCAGAAUUUGCCUCACUGCAUUUCACUGGCUCUACCCACGUUUUCCGCAAGUUGUGGAAGCAAAUUGGUAACAACAUCGACAACUACAAGAGCUAUCCUCGUAUUGUUGGUGAAACUGGUGGUAAGAACUACCAUGUCUUGCACAAGAGCUUGGAUGCCGAUGGUGUUCGUCAAGCUGCUCUCCAGACCAUUCGUGGUGCCUUUGAAUACCAAGGUCAAAAGUGCUCUGCCUGCUCUCGCGUCUACGUCCCAGAGUCCUUGUUCGCUGACUUCAAGAAGGUUCUUGUUGAAGAGCAUGCCAAGAUCAAGCAAGGUCCUAUCCACAAGUGGGAAAACUUCAUGGGCCCUGUUAUCAACAAAUUUGCCUUCGACAAGAUCAAGGGAUUCAUUGAUCACGCUAUUUCCAACGAUGACUGCGAAGUCAUUGCUGGUGGUAAGUGCGAUGAUUCUGAAGGUUACUUCAUCCAGCCUACUGUCAUCGUCACCAAGGAUAAGGAUGCCAAGACUUUGAAGGAGGAAAUCUUCGGUCCCGUUGUCACUUUGUAUGUCUAUGAAGAUGCUGAUUUCGAGGCCACCUGCAAGAUGGUCAGCGAUACUACACAAUAUGCCUUGACUGGUGCAUUGUUCGCUAAGGAUCGUGAAGCAAUUGUUGCUGGCAGCAACCUUCUCCGUAACACUGCAGGUAACUUCUACAUCAACGACAAGUGUACUGGUGCCGUCGUCGGUCAACAACCAUUUGGUGGUGCUAGAGGAUCUGGUACUAACGACAAGGCUGGUAGCUGGUCAUUGCUUCUUCGCUUUGUCUCUGCCCGCUCUGUCAAGGAGAACUUUGUUGAGAUUGAUGGCUUUGCUUACCCCUCCAACUCUGUUUAAAUGCUCCAUCGUUUAAACGUGGAUAACCCAUCUCUACCGGUCUCUUGAUAUGGUAACCACCGUCUUGUAGUAAUAGUAAUAUGGAAUUUUAUAUCUUUCUUUAUCCGGUACCCGGUCAUCGAGCCUCCUGUAGAUAGGAAUUUAACAAAUAAAAAUUAAAAGGCUCAUUUCAACAUGCUAUUCACAAUUACGACC